CGCGGCCAGAGUGGAGCGCAGGCGCGGAGCAGAGGCUGCCGGGAGCGCGCGGCGGGGCGGAAGUGGCCGCCUGCUCUGUCCGGCCCUACGCAGGUAGGCGGCAGCCCGCGGGCUCCGGAGCCAGGCUCUCAGCUGGUACCCAGGACACACAUCCACCUCCAGCAACCCCAAGCAGUCACUCAGGAGCACCUCAGUAACCAGCCUGGAGCGUAGACCUGGGAACCUGCUCUCAUGGUGUCCAUGGGACCUGGCUGGCCAGCACUUACAAGGGAGCAUACGCUGCAGGAGGUCCUGCCCAGCGUGCAGUCUGAUGCCCAUCCAGCCCUGUGACCACCGGGAAUGGAAUGAGCCUAUGCACUCCCUCCGGAUCAGUGUAGGGGGCCUUCCUGUGCUGGCAUCCAUGACCAAGGCCUCGGACCCUCGCUUCCGCCCCCGCUGGAGGGUGAUCCUGACAUCCUUUGUGGGUGCUGCCCUCCUCUGGCUGCUGUACUCCCACCAUCAGGCCCCAGUCCUGGGAAGGACCCCCACCCACAAUGCACACAGCUGGAGGCGCAGCCAGGAGCGUGUCUCUCACUACAAUGACACCUACCCCCUGUCACCCCCACAGAGGACUCCGGGAGGGAUUCGGUACCGAAUCGCGGUCAUUGCUGACUUGGACACGGGGUCCAGGGCCCAGGAGGAAAACACUUGGUUCAGUUACCUUAAGAAGGGCUACCUGACCCUGUCGGACAGUGGGGACAAGGUGACCGUGGAGUGGGAUAAAGACCACGGAGUCCUGGAGUCCCACCUGGCAGAAAAGGGCAGAGGCAUGGAGCUCUCUGAGCUGAUUGUCUUCAACGGGAGACUCUACUCCGUGGACGACCGCACAGGGGUCAUCUACCACAUCGAGGGCACCAAGGCAGUACCCUGGGUGAUCCUCUCCGAUGGCGACGGAACCGUGGAGAAGGGCUUCAAAGCUGAGUGGCUUGCUGUGAAGGAUGAGCAGCUCUAUGUGGGUGGCCUGGGCAAGGAGUGGACCACCACCACAGGGGAGGUGAUGAACGAGAACCCUGAGUGGGUGAAGGUGGUGGGCCACAAGGGCAGCGUGGACCACGAGAACUGGGUAUCCAGCUACGAUGCUCUGAGAGCUGCGGCCGGGAUCCGGCCACCAGGCUACCUCAUUCAUGAAUCUGCCUGCUGGAGCGACACACUGCAGCGCUGGUUCUUCCUGCCACGCCGGGCCAGCCACGAGCGCUACAGCGAGAGAGACGAUGAGCGCAAGGGCAGCAACCUCCUGCUCAGCGCAGCCCAGGACUUCAGGGACAUCUCUGUGAGGCGCAUAGGGGAGCUGGUUCCCACUCACGGCUUCUCAUCCUUCAAGUUCAUCCCUAACACUGACGACCAGAUCAUCGUGGCUCUCAAGUCCGAAGAGGACAGUGGCAGGGUUGCCACCUACAUCAUGGCCUUCACGCUGGAUGGCCGCUUCCUGCUUCCAGAGACCAGGAUUGGUAGUGUGAAGUAUGAAGGGAUAGAAUUCGUCUAAUAGAAUAAGCCCCGUGCCUAGCAGGGUGAGGGCAGAUGGUCUGAGCUACCAGGACUCAGUUUCAUAAAACCAGGAAUGCACUUUCACUUGUUUGCUUUUUUCUUUUUUUAACUGAGAGCUGGAUGCCUGGCUAAAGAUUUUCAGAAUGGGGAGCUGAGUCCCAGGCCGUAUGACACAGCUUUGGGUGUGAUGACCUGAAGCCAGGAGCAAGGGCAAGGGCCCUGUGCGGGGAACAUCCAAGCAGGUCCUCAGUCCACCCAGGCCUCGCUCUGUACUGCCCCCUGGUGGUAGGGCUUGUGCAAUGCUGCAGGUACCUGUCGAGCCCCUGGUCUUCUGAAUCCAGCCGUGCCUGCCCUCUGCUGGCCUCGCUUGCCUUUCCAUGAGUUCUCUGGCCAGUACAUAUUUCUGAAGCAACCAGGUGUGUUAAGCUGUGCCUGCCCUCUGCUGGCCUCGCUUGCCUUUCCAUGAGUUCUCUGGCCAGUACAUAUUUCUGAAGCAACCAGGUGUGUUAAGCCGUGCCUGCCCUCUGCUGGCCUCGCUUGCCUUUCCAUGAGUUCUCUGGCCAGUACAUAUUUCUGAAGCAACCAGGUGUGUUAAGCCCUGUUCUCACCCUGGGGGCACAAGGCAGUUUGAGAUGGGCCUGCCAGAUAGGUACCCCACCUCCUUUGUGUGACCUUGGCAUUCCCCGCACUGCAGGAAAUGUUUACAUGGCAGGGUGAGGGCCUUACCCCUGAGGACACACCUGCCCACACAGCUGAAGCCACUCUAGCACAGGAUUAUUUGUGAACUGUUCGUAACUCCAGUCUCCCCUCCGAGGAUUCUGGGGCUGUGCAGCCCUUUAGCGUCUGAAUUAUUAAUUUAUUUUUAUUAAAGCAGUUUCUUUUCCUAUAGAACAGGGUCACCAAGCCAUCACACAGCGAAGGUGGAGUUUCCACAUCUCCCAGCAGCGAGGGAAUCACAGCCCCACAGCCAUAAUGGCGGCAUUAGCUUUAACAGAAAGGGUCUCUGGAUCCUUGGCUUCUGCCAUCAAGCAGCUUCCCAAAGCUGCCAUGCUUUCCACUCUCAGCAGCAGCUGAGGGAGGGCUCUGGUCCCAACAGGCCUGCCCCUGACUACAGACUGUCCCAGUGCCCCUGUUUCUCAUGGGCUCCUGGUGUGUGGUUAGCAGCCCUCUCCUGGGGAGCUUCACUGCUCUUUGCUGUCACCUUCUGUCCAUGUUCAAGAGAGCAAGGGCAGCAGAGUCAGGCUCAGAGGCUGUUCUGUAGGUAGCAGCCACCUCUGCCUACAACACCCUUAGGACAGGACACAGGUACUGCUGUGGGCAGAGGACCCUGAUGGCCCUCACAGACCCCUUCCAUGGGAAGUUAGGAGGCCACUGCCACUGGGGCCUGACUCCCCUCUGCCCAGCAGGCUGUUGCUAACUUGUGGUGACAUCUUUACCUCCUCGAUGUGUGUCAGCUGUGUGGGUUUGUGUGAUUCUGAAGUGAAAGAGAUGAAAUGAAGGAGGCUGAGAGAGGCCUGGGACCCUCAUGGAGGAGCCCUGAACACGCCCUCCUUUCCCUGACAUGAGCACAGUGAUUGUGUCAUUCCCUCCCUCCGUUUGUUUUGUAAACAAUAAAGUGUCAGGGAAAUGUG